AUGGCUCCUAAACAAGCAUCCGGAUGGCAAAAACGUCAAAAGAGGAAACGACAAGAUGAAUCGGUGAAGUCACAAAAGGGUGCUGCGCAAAAAUUUUUGAUGCCUAAUCCGCCUAUUGUUGAUGUGGAAAAACCACAAGAGCAUGUUGAAGUAGAACGAGAACACGAGGAAGUAGAACAAGAGCAAGAACGUGUGGAAGUAGAAGACGAGCAAGACGAAGAACAUGUUGAAAAGCAACAAGAACAUGUUGAAGAGCAACAACAAGAAGAGCAUGUUGAUUAUAUAUUUGAUCCAAGAAGGUGGGAAGGACUAAAUGCGGAUGAGAUUAAACUAUUGGUCACGAAAGAUCCUAAAAGAGAUACUAGUAUUGAAUUUGGUCCAUAUGAUAAAUUUAAUAGACGAUUUUCAGCAACGAUUUAUACAAGAACAUUAUCAAACUUGGAGAAAUGUGAUAGAGAAUGGCUAGUAUAUUCGAAAGAGCUAGAUAAGAUGUUUUGUUUCUGUUGCAAAGUGUUUAGAAAUGGGGCGCCAAAAGGAAGAUUGGGAGGUGUAGGUUUUGACGAUUGGCACCAUGCUACCGGUAGAGUGAGAGAACACGAAGUUUCUUUAGAUCAUCUCAUAAUUAUGAUAAAGUGGUUUGAUUUGCGUAAAAGAUUGAAAUCGGAUGACACAAUUGAUAAAUUUCAACAUGAGCAAUUCAAGAAGGAAACGGAUUAUUGGAAACAAGUCCUUUUUAGAAUCAUUGCGCUAGUCAAGUUUCUUGCUAAGCAUAAUUUAGCAUUUCAUGGAUAUAGGAAAAGUUUUGAGAUGUUGGAAGAGUUUGAUCCGGUUAUCAAAGAGCAUGUUCGGCGGAUCACUAGUGACAAUAUUCAUGUGCAUUAUCUUGGACACAAGAUCCACAAUGAGAUAAUAGUUAUGCUUGCUGAUGAAAUUAAAAAAGAACUCAUUAAGAACAUAAAAGAAGCAAAGUACUACUCAAUCAUACUAGAUUGUACCCCCGAUUCUUGUCACAAAGAACAGAUGACUAUAAUAGUGAGGUAUGUAAAGUUCUCAUCUAAUUCUGUUAUUGCUGAGGAGUCAUUUUUGGGGUUUUUGAAUGCUAAUGAUACCACUGGAAAGGGACUAUUUGUUGUAACUUAUGCGGAGUUACAAAAUCUUGGUCUUGAAAUUGAUGACAUGCAUGGCCAAGGAUAUCACAAUGGGGCAAAUAUGAAAGGGUCACAUCAAGGAGUCCAAACGAGAUUUUUAAAAGAAAAUCCAAGAGCAUUUUACACUCCUUGUGGUAGCCAUUCACUUAACCUUACAUUAUGUGAUAUGGCUUAUAGUUGUGUUAAAGGAAAGAAUGAUGCUGUAAUUGCAGAGGAAGCAUUAGCUUUAGCAGAAAAUCAACUUAAACUUAGUGGAUUUGAUUUUUUUGUAUCAAUUGUCAUUUGGUAUGAAGUAUUAAACUGGGUGAAUAUUGUGAGCAAAAAAUUACAAGCAAAGGAUAUGCAUCUUGAAAUUGCUAUUCAAGAAAUAAACAAUUUGAUUGAGUACUUUAAAGAUUAUAGAGAAACAGGUUUUCCUAAAGCGAUUGAUGAAGCUAUGGAGAUUGCUAGUGAAAUGGAAAUUGAUCACAUAUUUAAAGAAAAACGUAAGAUUAAAAGGAAAAAAAGAAAAGAUGAGACUUCUAGUAGCGAAGAAGUUGCAUUUACAGUAGAAGAGAAUUUCAGAGUAAACUUUUUCUUAUAUAUUGUGGAUCAAGCUAUUGCUUCUUUAGAGAAAAGAUUUGAACAAUUUAAUGGUACGAGGGUUUAUUUGGUUUUUUUGUUUCCACGUACGUUGAGGAUUAUUAAAGAUGAAGAUCUUAAGUCGUCUUGUCAUCGUCUUGAAAAUGCACUCAGGUUUAAAGAAAAAUCGGAUAUUGAUGGCGAGGCACUUUAUACAGAGCUUAAUUUAUUUCGUGAAUCACUAACCAAUAAAUUUAGUAGUCCUGUCGAUGUUUUGGAGUAUAUGAAAGAAGACGGUUAUUCCCCAAAACCAUGUAUUGCAUAUAGAAUAUUGUUGACUAUUCUAGUCACUGUGGCAUCUGCAGAAAGAAGUUUUUCGAAGUUGAAGUUAUUGAAAUCUUACCUACGAUCUUCAAUGUCCCAAAAAAGACUUAGUGGGUUGGCGAUGAUUGCUAUCGAGAACGAAGUCUUAGAUGAUAUAAACUGUGAAGAGUUGAUUCACCAAUUUGCUAUCAAGAAUGCAAGGAGAGCUAUACGAAUCAUUGGUUAG